AUGGGUAAGGAAGAUUUUAUGCAAACUGGACUGGAAAUGGGACCAGCUAUAAGACUUGCAAAAAAGGUCCAGGCCCUCAAAGACAAUACGAAGCGCUCGUAUAAGAGUUUGAGUGAGGUAUUAGCGAAAUAUGACAUCAAUAGCGAUGUAACCCUCACCCAAUUGAGGAAAUUCUCCGGAGUUUUAACUCUGCAUUCUUCGCGGGAUAAAAAUAUGGGUCCAGUUGUUGACAACAACGAGGUUAUGCGCUGUGAAUAUAUUUCAACAAUCCUUCAGUCACCUCAGAUGACGGUAACUGGUGCUGAAAGUUCCGAUCGUGUAGAUUAUGCAAUCAAAAAAAAUCAUAGAUGGUUUAUUCGAAGAAAUAAUUUGCAUAAUUGA